UUGUUGUUUAUCAAUAUGUUAUUUAUUUAAAUAAAAUUGUACAUAAUUCUUUGUUGUGUUAUUGCAUAACCAAUAUAUAUUUAUUUAUAUAUUAAUAACGUUGUAAUUAAAAUAAAAUGGAAGAUAUAUUUCAGUGGUGUCGUGAAGGAAAUGCCAUUCAAGUACGACUUUGGUUGGAUGAUACUGAGCAUGACAUGAAUCAAGGAGAUGAUCAUGGCUUUAGCCCUUUGCACUGGGCUAGCAAAAGAGGCCAUAAAAAUUUGGUUGAUAUGCUGGUUCAGAGAGGUGCCAGAAUAAAUGCUACUAAUCGUGGAGAUGAUAUUCCACUACAUUUGGCAGCAGCUCAUGGCCAUCAUGAUAUUGUAACAACAUUACUCCGAGAGCGAGCUGAUGUUAACUUUACAAAUGAACAUGGCAAUACUGCUCUGCACUAUGCUUGUUUUUGGGGCUAUGAAGCUAUUGCAGAAGAACUUGUUAGAGCUGGAGCUCUUGUUUCAUUAGCAAAUAAGGAUGGUGACACCCCAUUGGAUAAAACAAAGGGUAGUUUUGCUAAAAGGCUUCACGACAUGGCCAUUGAAAAUGGCCAAGAAUUAAAGAAAAUCACAUUUAAAGAUCAAAGUUGGUUAGGAUUAAAAACUAGAUCGAGAGAUGCUACUUUGUCACGACACAGAGGAAUUAAUUUCAGUGAACUUACUUUACAUACAAAAAUUGCAGAUACACCUUCUGGUAUUAGUUGGAGAGGCCGUUGGCAAAAAAAUGAUAUUGUUGCCAAGCAAAUUAAUGUUAGGGAAGUCACUAAUAGAGCACUUAGGGAUUUUCAGGAAGAAUUUCCAAAACUACGUAUUUUUUCUCAUCCAAACAUUUUGCCAUUAAUUGGUGGUUGUGUGGAUAAUCAUCGUCUUAUAACUAUAAGCCAAUAUAUGACCCGGGGCUCUUUAUCAGCAAUUUUACAUGGUGCAGCCGGUCUUGUUGUAGACUCAUCACAGGCUAUCAGAUUUGCUCUUGAUAUUGCAAGAGGAAUGGCUUUCUUACAUUCUUUGGAAAGAAUCAUUCCAGAUUAUCAUUUGAAUAGCCAUCACGUAAUGAUUGAUGAAGAUUUGACAGCACGAUUGAAUAUGUCCGAUGCAAAAUUUUCAUUUCAAGAACGUGGUCGUAUAUAUCGACCAGCUUGGAUGUCUCCUGAAGCUUUGCAAAAAAAUAGAUUAGUUAGAAAUGCAGAGGCUUGCGAUAUGUGGAGUUUUGCAGUUUGUCUUUGGGAAUUAGCAACCAGAGAAGUUCCAUUUGCUGAUUUAUCUCCUAUGGAGUGUGGUUUAAGAAUUGCUACAGAAGGAUUACGUCUUGAAAUACCGCCUGGUACAUCUUCUUAUCUUGCCAAACUUAUCAAAAUUUGCAUGAAUGAGGAUCCUGGAAAACGUCCUAAAUUUGAUAUGGUGGUUCCAAUUCUUGAUAAAAUGAAAAGAUAAAUAACUAUUCCAAAGGUCUUGUCAAAAAAGCUGCUAUCAAAAAUUUAUUAUUUAUUGUAAACACUGCCUUAAUGAAUCCCAAUCUUUACCUGAUAUUAGAUCCCAGAUUAUAUAUAUAUUCUAUAA